GUGGGUCUCCAGCGAUCAAGUGACAAGACCAGAUCCCCCCCUGAUUGCUGGCUUUCCCCCCUGCCCAAGCCCCUUCGGUGGUCACAAGUUUUCGGUCUAUGAAAAACGAGCCAAAAAACCUCGAAAAAGUUGAAUUUUUUCGGCAAUGUGUUCCCGCGCCAGUUGUUGCGUGUGGCUCUGGCGAUGUCGCGUUUUUCUCAUUAAUACGACCUUGGUGGAGGUUAAACAAUGCCGCUAUGGGAGCGCAAUGGCCGCCAUCAAGGAUAGCCUCUUGGCCCAAGUAGCCGAAGUUCUGCCCAGCUCGGGUCACAAGGUCACCGUGGUGGGCAUCGGCCAGGUGGGCAUGGCCAGCGCUUUCAGCAUCCUCGCCCAGGGCGUCUCCAAGGAGGUCUGCCUGAUCGACGUCUGCGCGGACAAGCUGCAGGGCGAGCUGAUGGAUCUGCAGCACGGCUCCAACUUCCUGAAGAACCCCCAGAUCACGGCCAGCACCGACUUCGCGGCGUCCGCCAACUCGCGGCUGUGCAUCGUGACGGCUGGAGUCCGCCAAAAGGAGGGCGAGUCCCGUCUGUCCCUGGUGCAGCGCAACACCGACAUCCUCAAGAACAUCAUCCCCAAGCUGGUGGAGUACAGUCCCGAUACCAUUCUGCUGAUGGUCUCCAACCCCGUGGACAUCAUGACCUACGUGGCCUGGAAGCUGUCGGGCCUGCCCAAGAACCGCGUCAUCGGCAGCGGCACCAACCUGGACUCGUCGCGCUUCCGCUUCCUGAUGUCGCAGCGCCUGGGCGUGGCGCCCACCUCCUGCCACGGCUGGAUCAUUGGGGAGCACGGAGACAGCUCGGUGCCCGUGUGGUCGGGCGUCAACAUCGCCGGCGUUCGCCUGCGUGAGCUGAACCCCAUUCUGGGCACCGGCGAAGACCCAGAGAAGUGGAACGAGCUCCACAAGCAGGUCGUGGACUCGGCCUACGAGGUCAUCAAGCUCAAGGGCUACACCUCGUGGGCCAUCGGCCUGAGCACGGCCUCCCUGGCCUCGGCCAUUCUGCGGAACACGAGCAGCGUGGCAGCGGUCUCCACCUCAGUGCUGGGCGAACAUGGCAUCGACAAGGACGUUUUCCUGUCGCUGCCCUGCAUCCUGAACGCCAACGGCGUCACCUCCGUCGUCAAGCAGAUCCUGACGGCCACCGAAAUCGAGCAGCUGCAAAAGUCGGCCACCAUCAUGGCCGAUGUCCAGGCAGGACUCAAGUUCUAGGCGGGGACUAAUCCUAGAGGGGGGAGGGCAGGGAAAAUCCAGUGAAAAUUCCCACAAGAAGCCAUCAAGUAUUUCCCCGUACCAAAUGUGUUUUUUUUCUUUUUUUGUUAUUUUUUAUCUUUCUAAUGCAUUUCUCAUUUGUAUUUAUUAUUUAAACAACAAAAAUAAUAAUAAUUAAAAAUUUAA